GUUCGUCUUUAUCUUGUACGCACGUUCCUAGAAAAAGUUGCCACGGCUGCAGAUGCUUCUCUACGAUCUCCACUUACCGACCUCACACGCCUUUACGCUUUCGACUUGAUUACCGCCAGUCAAGGAGAAUUCUUGAAGGGUGGUUUCAUGUCUGACAGUCAGGCUGAUGGAAUUCGAGAUGGUAUUUAUAGAUGUCUAGAAAGACUUCGGCCAAAUGCCGUUUCCUUAGUGGACAGCUGGGACUUUGACGAUGCGGAGCUCCAUUCGGUACUCGGACGUCGCGAUGGUAAUGUCUAUCCUGCGCUUCUGGAAUGGGCUCAGAAGAGUCAGCUGAACAAGACUGAGGUGCUGCCAACGUUUGAGAAGUAUCUUGGACCAAUGAUGAAAGAAGGACGAUCUAAAUUGUAG